AAUCGCCAUGUUGCGAGCUGCGGGAAGGUCGGCCCUCUGCGGUCACGUGACUAAACACCCCUAUUAUUCAGUUUCCACCAUUUCGAACUUCAGCCAUGUUUGAAAGUAAUGUCAACAGUGGUACGGUUUGAGAAGUUCGUCUGGUGAAACAAUCUUGGAAUUUACCGUUUUGAGGUCGAUUGCCUCCAUUUAAAUGUCUUUGGUUGGAGAAGGAAUGAUUUUUGCCCCUGGCGGAUAGUUUUGUGUUGGAAUUGUGAAGAGCUUGAGCUGCGGGCAACAUGGAGGAGCGAAAGAGGAGGGAAAAUCUCGAGGGUUACGUCCGAAAUCCUCGAAACGAAUUAUACAUUGAGGGGCUUUUGGAUGGCAUCCAGUCGUUGGUGUGUGAUUGUGACUUUCCAGCCCUCAGACGAAACAAGAACGUCGAAAACUUCUUACAAAGAUAUGAGAAGCCAUGUAAAGUAAUAGAAGAGUGUCGUAUGAAUGCCAAAGACUUUCAGAUCGUAAAAGUCAUCGGACGCGGUGCAUUUGGCGAAGUUCAGUUGGUGAGGCACAAAGCAUCGAAAAAAGUAUAUGCUAUGAAGCUUCUGAGCAAAUUUGAGAUGAUCAAGAGAUCUGAUUCUGCAUUCUUUUGGGAGGAGCGUGAAAUUAUGGCUCAUACUACCAGUCCUUGGAUCGUCAAGUUACACUUUGCUUUCCAAGAUGCUAAAAAUUUAUAUAUGGUGAUGGACUAUAUGGCAGGAGGUGAUUUGGUCAACCUUAUGAGUAACUAUGACAUUCCUGAAAAGUGGGCCAAGUUCUAUGGUGCUGAAGUGGUGCUAGCCCUUGAUGCCAUCCAUUCAAUGGGAUUUAUUCACAGGGAUGUGAAACCAGACAACAUGCUUCUUGACAAGCAAGGCCAUCUUAAGCUUGCAGACUUUGGAACUUGCAUGAGAAUGGACAAGGAUGGUAUGGUUAGAUCAGAUACAGCGGUUGGUACACCUGAUUAUAUUUCUCCUGAGGUUCUCAAGUCUCAGGGUGGUGAAGGCUACUAUGGUCGUGAGUGUGACUGGUGGAGUGUAGGAGUGUUCUUGUAUGAGCUACUGGUUGGUAAGUUGAAUUACUGAAAAAUUAUGGAUCAUAAAAAUUCAUUGCAGUUUCCUGAUGACAUUGAGAUAUCAAAGGAUGCCAAGCAUUUAAUUUGUAGUUUUCUCACUGACAGAACUCAAAGGAUUGGCCAAAGAGGGAUAGCAGAGAUUCAGAAGCAUAGAUUUUUUUUCAAUGACCAGUGGGACUGGAACUCCAUCAGAGAUGCUGUUCCACCUGUGGUCCCUGAGCUUUCUAGUGAUGAUGAUUACUCUCACUUUGAUGACAUUCCUGAGCCAGACAGUGGAGAGGAGUUCUUCCCUACUCCAAAGGCUUUUGCUGGCAAUCAUCUACCUUUUAUAGGAUUUACAUUCUCAGAGGAAGUUGAAUGGAAUGUCUCACCAGGUGCGGGUGGUGCUGAUGGAAUGGUGAGGAGGGAUGGAAAUAGUUCCAAUGGUGGAAAUGAUAGCCGAUCAAAGCUUGAAGCUACUAACCGUAGACUGAGAGAAUUAGAGGAACAAGUUGCACUUGAAAUGCAAUCUAAAGAUGAGGUGGAACAUAAUUAUAGAAUGGUUAGCACCAAGCUGGAAAAAGUCAUGAAAGAAUUGGACAAUGAGUCUGAGGCAAAAAGAAGAGUAGAAUCAUUAAACAGAGAACUUGAAAGAAAUGCAGCAUUGUUUAAACAUGAUUUAAAAGAGGCUCAGAGGCGGUGUGAGUUUGAAGCUGAAGCGAAGAGAAAACUUGAAGGCAAAGUGCAGGAACUACAGAGCCGUCUUGAUGCAGAACUUGAUGCUCGGGACAGAAUUUCACAGUCCUCACAGAGUGUCCAAUCAAAGAUAACUCAGUAUGAGAAGCAGGUCUGGGAGUUGACAGAACAACUCAGAGUGGAAAUGGAUGCACAUACUAAGGAUAAAAAAUUACAUAGUGAUUUACAGAAGUCGUACACAGUUAUGGAGAGAACAUAUGGGGAUUUACAAGACAAGAAUAGGAUCAUUAGUGAACAGAAGCUUGGCUUAGAGAGAGAGCUUAUCAAGGUGCAGGGAAAUCUUGAAGCAGAAAUGAACAUGAGAAAUCAAGCAAAUAGUGCCAAAGCAGAUAUGGAAUGUCAGAACAGACUCCUAAAAGAUGAGCUUGAGCAGUUAAGGGCAAGAUCUGCAUCAGAUGCCAGAUUGCAGCAAAAACUUCAACAGGAUCUUAUCAACUUGGAAAAAGCAAAGGCUAACACUGAGUAUGAACUCAAGUCUGUCCAGAAUAAAUUUGAAAAAGUUACAUUAGAGUACAAGGACUUCUGUUCUAUGAUUCAACUGUGNGUUAUGGAGAGAACAUAUGGGGAUUUACAAGACAAGAAUAGGAUCAUUAGUGAACAGAAGCUUGGCUUAGAGAGAGAGCUUAUCAAGGUGCAGGGAAAUCUUGAAGCGGAAAUGAACAUGAGAAAUCAAGCAAAUAGUGCUAAAGCAGAUAUGGAAUGUCAGAACAGACUCCUAAAAGAUGAGCUUGAGCAGUUAAGGGCAAGAUCUGCAUCAGAUGCCAGAUUGCAGCAAAAACUUCAACAGGAUCUUAUCAACUUGGAAAAAGCAAAGGCUAACACUGAGUAUGAACUCAAGUCUGUCCAGAAUAAAUUUGAAAAAGUUACAUUAGAGUACAAGCAACAACUUACCAGUUACCAGACAGAAAAGAAUAGGUUAUCACUGACUCUGGAAGAGAGAACAGAACAAGAACGAGCUGAACAAAGCAAAACUUUGGAAAGACUUGAGCAGGAAUUGGUGAUCAGGGAGAAGGCUGAGGCAGCAGCUGCCGAGGCUGAGAGAGAACGAUCCGUUUUAGCUGUGGAUCUUAAAGAUUUACAACAGAAGCUGGAGAGACUUAAACAAGAAUAUAAUGUCCUUCAAGACAAGAAUAAGAGUUUGAAUGCCAAGUUGGACUCCGAGAACCAGAGAAGAACACAACUGGAAAGUGACUUGAAAAUGAACGCUCAAGAAAUAGCUGCUCUGAGAUCAACAGAGAAACAACUUGCUAAGCAAGUAGAAGAUCUGAUGGAAGAAAGAAAGCAGUUGGAAGAUGCAUGCACGAAACUCAAAAGUGCAAGUGCUGUGGAUGAUCUACAGAUGAAAGAGCUGCAGGACCAACUGGAGGCAGAAACAUACUUUUCGACUCUGUACAAAACCCAAGUGAAAGAACUGAGAGAAGAAGUUGAUGAAAAGGAAAAACAGUUGCAGGAGAUGAGCAAUGAAAUACGACAGCUCAGUGAAGAGAGGGAGUCUCUCUCUGCUCAGCUAGAGCUGACAUUGACAAUGGUUGACUCGGAACAGCUGGCCAGGUCCAUUGCUGAAGAGCAAUUCUCUGAUCUGGAGAAAGAGAAGACCAUGAUUGAGCUGGAGGUCAAGGAAUUAAUUGCAAGGCAUAAGAGUGACAUGCUGGAAAAAGGCGCUCAGAUCAGUCAGCUUGAAGAGCUUAACCAGCAGUUGACAGACAACUUGGGUCAGAAAAUGUCCGAAAAAGAUGAGCUUAAUGCUAAAAUUAAGGGCUUACAAGAAGAGCUCGGAAAGUCCAAGGACAACAGUAAAGAGAUCGAAGAUGCCACAGAAAGCUUGAGGAAGCAGCUGUUUAUCGAGAAAACAUUAAAAACACAAGCUGUGAACAAACUGGCCGAGAUCAUGUGCAGGAAAGACUUCAUGCAGAGGGAGAACAGUAGAAAGAGAAAGGCGAGUUCCGAUGACCUGAGGAAGAAGGAAAAAGAGUGUAGAAAACUGCAUCAAGAAUUAGGAGCAGAACGAGAGAAGUAUGGCCAGAUGGUGACAAAAUUCCAAGGGCAAAUUGCGGAAUACCAGCUAAAUUUACAGAUGGAGGUGGAGCACAGACAGAAAAUGCAGAUGGAACUGGAUUCCAAAGACCUUAUGAUCGACAGGCUGAACUCUCAAAAUAAACAACGGGCUCUGAAUACGAGCGUUAACGAGAACGACGAACUCUCUGUUCCAGUCCAUUUACCCAAGGAAGGUUGGGUAUCGAUACCCAACAAACAGAACAUAAAAAAAUAUGGUUGGAAGAGACAAUAUUUAGUCGUUAGUAACCGGAAGAUUUUCUUCUAUAACUCGGAUGCUGAUCACCGAAGCAGCUCAACUCCUUCCAUCAUUCUAGAAAUUAGUAAGUUGUACCACGUGAGAUCUGUAACGCAAGGCGAUGUCAUACGUGCCGAUGCAAAAGAUAUUCCUAGGAUAUUUCAGAUUUUAUAUGCCAACGAGGCGGAGAGCAUCAAUCCAGUGGAAAAAGACAAAGAGGAGCAACAACCAGAGGAACGAAUGAACGCGAUCGACUACAUGAGGCAUCAGUUUAUUCCAAUGCAUUACCACAUGCCAACCAACUGUGACUCGUGUAACAAACCCCUGUGGCACAUGUUCAAACCUCCUCCAGCAGUAGAGUGCAAACGUUGUCAUAUGAAGUGUCAUAAGGACCAUGUGGAUAGAGAAGAAGCUUGUAUCACCAUGUGUAACGUAAAUAUGGAAAUGAUCUCAGCCAAGGAACUCUUGGUGCUCGCACAAACAGCUGAUGAACAGAAGCAGUGGGUGUUGUACCUGAGCAAGAAAAUCAUUCGAAAAGAACCCAAAAUAAAGAGCGCGUCCGUCAGACUAGGAGCUGACGAAGCCAACAUGAGAAGAAACAUGGCAGACAGAAGCGCCGCCUCGAGACCGGGGGGACCUCAGCGAUCAGUGUCUGUCUCUGCAGGACAAAACAGAAAGAUAACGUGACUCAAAGAAUAGACCGGCCGUUCUAGCCUAAUCUAGUGAACUUAACAAAGCAGUGAAACAACAAAAAUAAUGGAAUAAGUGUAUACAGUAAAACAGUGAUAACGAGCGGUUCCGGCACUUACAACAGCUCCGCGUUCCCUCGCUUGACUUUGGCCCGCAAACGCGAGUGAAACUGGUGGUGUCCCUGUGCGACCCAAGCAAUCCGGAGGAACAGUAGUCUUACUGAACCACAGGAACCUUACACGCAUCACAACAUAGUCGCAGAUAUCUUGAUCGUGGCUUCCGCGCCUGGGCAAAUCCGACGAUUUGAAUCCUCCAUGCAUUGCAGUCCCGUAACUUAAAGUGUAAUGCAAAUCCUAAAGAGUAGUUUUCUAGUGUUCUUGUUUUUAGAACACAAAAAAAACCUUUGUAUCGGAACCAUUCCAUGCCCCUCCUCUUUUCAUGGAAGCAAACCCUGUUCCCUUCAACAAGGGAUAGAAUAACUUUAGAAUUAGCGCCAGUUUGUGUUGAGUUAACAGUGCACUGUUUCAGACUGUAAUUUUAGGUCACUUGAUUGGUAUGUACAAUUAUCCUCUUGAGCGAAGUUUAUUUAUUUGUUUCGGAAACUCCUUGAGUGAGUGAAUCCGACAGAAAGUGGUUCAGUGUAGUAAAAGCUCAUUGGUAAAGGUUACGGAGGUGAAACUGAUUGUUAGCGUCCACAUGUUGUACUGCUUGUGUUGUAUUAAUCUUAAAACAUAAAUUUGUCUUUGACAGUGCCAUGAACUUACGGAGAAGUGCAUUCUCAGCUUGUGAACUCGGCUUGCCACAUGAAAACGCACGGUCAACUUCACUCAAACACAUUGACUCUUUUCUACGAUUAUAAAGAAUUGACAUAAUAGAGGGAACAAAUUGUCUUGUGAAACAGAGCCUUUUUUUCCUGCUCAGUGAAAGAAUCAAGCCCAACGUUGAAAGGUUAUUGGAUGUUACUGAUUGUUAUUACGAUUAACGUUCCGGCUUCGUCAACGCUAGUAAUUUAUUGGUCGGAUUGUAUGAUGUAAUCAAUUUAAUUACUCUAAUAUGGGACAAAUAAAUAUUUUCUAGUUCUUUGUAUGGCAUGUCACAGAGGCUAUGAACAGAUACCAUAAUAUUCGCUCGUAGUUUGGUGCUUGUAAGUUAUAAGCUUUUGUUUUUCCUGAUUUCUGGCGUUUUUGCCUCCAAGAUAUAGAAAAACCGUGAAUAAAUUUUAGAUUUUUAUACAA